UUUUUUUUUUUUUUGUUUAUUUGCUACUAAAUAAGUAUCUGCAUCUUCAACGGAUGCAAUUUUUUGUUUUUGGUAUGAAUAGCUCAGUAGCUUUCCCCAUUGUUUCUUCAUUCUGGUCGAGCUGCAGCUUGAGAGACAUGGCCCAGGUUUUGGAAUGAGCUUUGAUGCACCAUGGACUGAACCCUUGUCUUGAGCCAUUGAGAAACGAAACACUAUGGCACCGUAGCCACCAAAUAAGUCGAUGGGACAAGCGAGGGUACUGCCUGCAGCCUGUCCAAACGCAGGUACAUGCAACCGUACACACACGCACAAACACACAAAGAAACUUUUUGGGUUUGUGUCAGUGUAGGUUAACUUGAACCCUAAUGCGAUACGUGGUCGUGUUCGUCUCAUUCUAUGCAGGGGCUUUGCAAAUUGGAGACAGCUUGCAAGACGCGAUCACGAACAAGACAACAUAACCCAAAAAUGAACUAGGUUAUUUACCCGCUCCAUGUCUUGAGCCUGGCUGGGGUUUACCAGAGGCAUAGACAUGUCUUGAUCUCCCUUAUUCUACACGGGGAGAUACCGAAACCCAACCGUCAUUCUUCACUGGCACCGACAUGGAAAGUUGUGUUGGUUCUGUGUGUUUCAGUGGUAUAAACGGUUGGUUAAACAUGCAGCCUCGAGCUAUAGGCCACCGUCGGCUCUCUUGGUUCUCUGCAUAUUUUUGACAAAUACCGUGCUCUUACUAUGUAUCUAGUAUGCAUAGUGGCGCCUGAGCGCAACCAACACUGGCUUCAAUUAUAAUGUUUUCGUCUCCCAACCCACAUCACGAACCAUUCAUUUAUUGCCGCAUAUGCAUCCCUCAUCCUCGCGCUUACGUGCAGACCUCCCUCUUCAUACAGUACAGCUUUAUCAAGCAUACAGUCGGUAUUUCUUGCAGGUCGCGUCUAACAACCAAUAUCAUAACCUCCCAACCGCCCUUUUACGCGCUUGCCAACGGCUCAGCACCAAUAAAUCACCACCAAGAGACGCAAGACGCACAACAUCACAAUGUGCAACCGCAUGCAGAUAUGCAGCCAUCAUGUAAUGCUCACGGCGCUUACAAAAGGGGCUUCUGCACCGUUUACAUACCGUAUUUAGUAUUUAGCGUAAAGUGCGUGUAACCGAAGGUCUAGAGCUUUUGCUUGUUGUGAUCUGCUUGUCUGAGACCUUGCAGCCGCCGUCGCGGUUAUGCCCGAG